CGAGGGCUCACUGAAAUUUUUCAUUUUCAGAUAAGGGCAUUAAAAAAACCACCAAGUAUAGUUACAAGCGUAAUCACGAGUAUAAUUUAUAAAGAAUAAAUAUGUCUAUAAUUGAUGAAAAGGCAGAUACAUAUGUUCAAGAGAGGAUAGAUGCGUUAUAUGAAAUAGAUUGUAAAAUUGUAUCGUUAUUGGAUGGUAUAUCAAGUUUAUUCCAGACCUACUCAACAUCUAAGCAAAGUCAUAAUAUAGAGAACUUGAAAGAUCAAGUAUCUGAACAAACAGAAAAUGUAUAUAACAUAUUGAGUAAAGUGGCAAUAGAUUUACGUAAGGAAGUAAAGAUUAUGGAUGAUAAUAUAGGAGUGUAUGACAAGAAUAAGGAUGGUGUGAUGAUAUUACCAAUUGGAGUAGAACAGAAGAAUACUAGUCUAGGAUCUAAGAAAUUGAAUGAAUCUUUAAAGCAAUUGGAUAAUGUGUUGGGGAUUAAAGAGGAGAAUGAAAAUGAGGAUGAGAAUAAUGAUAACAAUGAAGAUGAUGAGUUUGAGACCGAUGAUAAACAAGCUAUCUCGGUUGAGGAAGUAGCCAAAGAACUUAAGAGUGACGAUGUAGAUGUAGAGAUGGAAGAUGCAGUGGAAGAAAAACCUGCUACAGAAUCGCUCGUAACAUCAAAUGUGACUGAAAGGGAUGUGGAGGUAGAAAAUGAUAAUGAAGUUAAGGUUACUAGUUUUAAUAAUGAAGAUACUUCUACAGCUAAUGUUAAAUCUGAAGGUGAAGUUCCUAAUGACGAAGAUGAUGAUUUGUUUGAAGACGUAUAGAACAUAAAAAGUAAAUAUA